AUGGUUCAAAUUCCGUCUUUGUCUUUAUCGCACAUGUUUCUCGACAGCGCCAAACCUCUCCUCCCGAGAAAUCCCCACAAGCUUCACCGCCGAGAUGCAAGUCCUGGAAUUAUUGGAAUAGUAGUUGGUCUAGCUAUUUUGAUCACCAUUCUAGGAGCCAUCUUGUUCAGAUGGAACUGGAAUCACUUUAAACAAGCAAAGUCUCAAAAGGACCAGAAGCAGCAUAAGAAACAACACCACGCUCACUCCCACACUCAUCACCACCGCCACUCUCACAGGCGACAUCGAGCAGUGGCUCAUCACGAUGCCGAUCUUGAAGAGAACCAACAAGGUUACGGAUCCGAACAAGAGGAACAAGAUCACUCUCUCCGACACCACCCCGACUGUCGGCAUUUUAGACUUCAUCACAGACAGGAUCCUGCUCACGAUUGGACUCCGCAACAGCCUGAACCUGCAUUUCAUCCUUGGGGUCGACAUCGACAGCAAGUUCGUAUACCGAAUGAGAUGGAUGCACCUCAGAUACAUAGAGGGUGGGAGAGGCCCAGCUUCUUUGGGUAG